CUGCUGCCGCUCACCCCGUGUCUUCUGGCCGCUUCCCUCUUUGCUGCCCCUCCCCACAGGCUCCCCCUCUCCACCUCCUGGGGACCAUCAUGAAUGGUGCCCCUUCCCUGGAGGACGGGGCCUUCCCCUCUCCUCCUCCCUUGCCACCACCCCCUCCCCCUAGUUGGCGGGAGUUCUGUGAGUCCCAUGCCCGGGCCGCUGCCCUGGAUUUUGCCCGCCGUUUCCGCCUGUACCUGGCCUCCCACCCCCAAUAUGCAGGGCCCGGGGCCGAGGCUGCCUUCUCCCGCCGUUUUGCUGAGCUCUUCCUGCAGCAUUUUGAAGCUGAGGUGGCCCGGGCCUCUGGUUCCCUCUCACCACCCAUCCUGGCUCCUCUGAGUCCUGGUGUGGAGAGCCCACCACAUGACCUGUCCCUUGAGAGCUGCAGGGUGGGCGGGCCUCUGGCUGUGCUGGGCCCUUCUCGAUCAUCUGAGGACCUGGCCGGCCCCCUCCCUUCCUCGGUCUCUUCCUCUUCUACAACCUCCUCCUCGAAGCCGAAGCUAAAGAAACGCUUCUCCCUCCGUUCAGUGGGUCGCUCCGUCCGAGGUUCAGUCCGUGGCAUCCUGCAGUGGCGGGGCACCGUGGACCCUCCCUCCCCAGCUGGGCCCCUGGAGACCUCGUCAGGCCCCCCAGUGUUAGGUGGCAACAGCAACUCCAACUCCUCUGGUGGGGCUGGGACCAUUGGCAGGGGACUGGUUAGUGAUGGAACAUCCCCGGGGGACAGAUGGACUCACCGUUUUGAGAGGCUGAGACUCAGUCGGGGAGGAGGGACCUUGAAGGAUGGAGCAGGGAUGGUGCAGAGGGAAGAGCUGCUGAGUUUCAUGGGGGCUGAAGAGGCAGCCCCUGACCCAGCUGGAGUGGGCCGGGGAGGAGGGGCAGCUGGGCCUACCUCAGGGGGAGGAGGGCAACCUCAGUGGCAGAAGUGUCGCUUACUGCUUCGAAGUGAAGGAGAAGGAGGAGGAGGAAGUCGCCUGGAGUUCUUUGUACCACCCAAGGCAUCUCGGCCUCGGCUCAGCAUUCCCUGCUCUACCAUCACGGAUGUGCGGGCGACCACAGCCCUGGAGAUGCCUGAUCGAGAGAACACGUUUGUGGUUAAGGUGGAAGGCUCCUCCGAGUAUAUCCUGGAGACAGCUGAUGCUCUACAUGUGAAGGCCUGGGUGUCUGACAUCCAAGAGUGCCUGAGCCCGGGGCCCUGCCCUGCUACCAGUCCCCACCCCAUGACCCUCCCGCUGGCCCCUGGGACCUCGUUUCUUACAAGAGAGAACACAGACAGCCUGGAGCUGCCCUGCCUGCAGCACUCGGAGAGCCUGCCCAGCCAGGAUCUGCUGCUGGGACCCAGCGAGAGCAACGACCGCCUGUCACAGGGGGCAUAUGGGGGCCUUUCAGACCGCCCUUCAGCAUCCAUCUCCCCUAGUUCCGCCUCCAUUGCUGCCUCCCAUUUUGACUCAAUGGAACUGCUUCCCCCAGAGUUGCCACCCCGCAUCCCCAUUGAAGAGGAACCCCCGGCUGGGACAGUUCAUCCCCUCUCAGCCCCCUACCCACCCCUGGACACUCCAGAAACAGCCACAGGGUCAUUCCUGUUCCAGGGGGAGUCAGAGGGAGGUGAGGGGGAGCAGCCCCUCUCAGGGUAUCCUUGGUUCCACGGGAUGCUCUCUCGACUCAAGGCUGCCCAGUUAGUACUGGCCGGAGGCACCGACUCCCAUGGUGUUUUCCUGGUACGUCAGAGUGAGACGAGGCGGGGCGAAUACGUCCUCACUUUCAACUUCCAGGGCAAGGCCAAGCACCUGCGUCUGUCGCUGAAUGAGGAGGGUCAGUGCCGGGUGCAGCACCUGUGGUUCCAGUCCAUUUUUGAUAUGCUCAAGCAUUUCCGGGUGCACCCCAUCCCUCUGGAGUCUGGAGGCCCCAGUGAUGUUGUCCUUGGCAGCUAUGUGGUGUCCUCCCAGCGGCAGCAGGAACCGAACACCUCCCACGACCCACCCCCACCCCCUGAACCCCCCUCAUGGACAGAUCCCCCACAUCCUGGGGCAGAAGAGGCGUCGGGGAUGUCAGAAGUGGCAGCAGCAACAGCCACAGCAGCCAAAGAGAGGCAAGAGAAAGAGAAAGUGGGCAGUGGAGGGAUCCAGGAAGAGCUGGUCCCCGUGGUUGAGCUGGUCCCCAUGGUUGAAUUGGAAGCGGCCGUGACACCAGGCAUGGAGGUCCAGGGAGGCCCUGGAUCUGGUGGGGUCCCUGAAGCAACACCAAUGGUGCAGCUCCAGCAGUUACCACUAGGGGGUGAUGGAGAAGAAGGGGGCCACCCCAGAGCCAUUAAUAACCAGUACUCCUUUGUGUGACACCCUACCCCUACCCUUUCUCCACUUUCUUGCUCCUCAGCCCUCAGUUCCUGAGACGGGGGCUGAGCAGGCACAUAGAGGAGCGGUAGGAAUCCCCUCCCCAUAUGCUUCCUUACCCUUGAUGGCCAAGGGCAUAUAUGCUGGUACAAGAAGAGGUUCGUUCAAGAGUCCCGUUAACUCCCCAGUUCAUACACUACAGGUGCCCGGUCCCCUGGGGAGGGAAUUUGGGCUCCUUUACCUCUCCAAGGGGCUCUAUGGUCAGCCCCGCCCCUGGGGGCCAUUUCCCCAUUAUCUACCCCUCAGCCCAAGGAGGGGUGAGGGGGAAGGGCUGUCAGUUAAUAUUAAGGUGGUUGUUGUUGUUGUUUUAAACAAAAUGGAGAAGCAUAAAUAAAUAAAAGGGUUUAUCUCAGUU